UUCAUUUUAGUGAUUAAUACUAAAGUGUUUAAAAAAAAAAGAAAAAGAAAAAACGCCUCUAUUAAAUAUCUUUGUUUGUUAUUUUAACAAAAAUCCCUCCUCAAUAUUCUGUCUGCCAGCAUUAUUAAUUUAAUUUCUACGAACAGGUGAAAUAAAAAAGUGGGUGUAGCAAUUAGAUGAACAGAGACUCUCAACAAAGCUAUUCGUUAUAAAACAAAAAAAAAGUUCAGUGAGUUUCUCAUCAGGCAAGAAGAAGUGAAACGAAUAGAGAAAAUAAAAUGCGAGAUAAGCAGGAGUAUCAGUGAGCCAGUUUGAGUGAUUCCCAUAUCCCUCCUGUUUGAUAUCACAGCUAAUUGAAAGUGAAGCGCCCACAAGGAAGUGGGAAAAGUGCCCAAUAAGAUGCUGUUGGUAAAAGUAAUUCUGUGUCUUGUCAUCUCCAUUCACAUCACCGUGGCAGAUUCACCAUGUUGCCCGGGUGAAAAUAUCUUCCCAGACUCCUGCCCAAAUCGCACAGACACCCUCCUCAAGUGUCCACAUGGGAAAUUUAUGGUGGAUCCCUUGGUAACUCCCGAUGAUGAAUUUGAAAUCAACGAGGAUGGGGAUUUGAGUCUGCUGGAGGGUGAUCACAUUAUCGAGCAAGGAGAAUUUUGUGUAACAAACUACCGAGCUUUGGCCAAUGACUCCCGGAGGGUAGCUCUGGUUUGCUUCACGUACAACGAUGCCUCGGUAUCUCUGUACCUUAUCAAAGGCAUCCUCACCCUCAUCUCCGUCUGCUUCAUCAUAGUCACCCUCUAUGUUUAUUGGAUUAUUCCUGGGCUCCGAGAUACACAGGAUAAGGUCACAUGCUUCUGCCUCAUAUGCUUGGCAUCUUUCUUCUUCCUCCUGGGUCUCGUGCAGAUUUUCACACCGGAAAAUCUCAUCGUUAAUAGUGUCUGUGUUCCCUUGGCAUUCACCCUAUAUUUCUGCAUUAUUGCCUACUUCUCCUGGCUUAAUAUGGUCAUGGUGAAUGUGUGGAAGACAACAGUUGUCCCCCGAUGGCGUAUCCAUGAGAAGACAUGGUACACCCUGUGUCACAUCUACGCAUGGAGCAUUCCAAUUAUUCUCGAGGUAUUCAUGAUUGUUUCCCAUGUAACUGGGAGUUCGUGGAAUCCACGAAUUGGACAUACAUCCUGCUGGUUUGCUGGGGCACGUGAAAUGUGGAUUUACGUCUACAUCCCCAUCUCCAUAAUGCUCGCCAUUAAUGUCAUCCUCUUUGUGUGGACAUGCUGGAUUCUCCAAAUGAGCAAUGUCCACAUUAGCCCAGACAGACGUCGUGCAUUGCAGUACAAGUGUAUGCUGUACCUCAAACUCUUCCUACUCGUGGGUCUCACGUGGAUCUUCGAGGUCUUCUCCUACUCUUACGGUGACAAUUCAUGGUUCUGGAUUGUCGUGGACAUCGUCAAUAGCCUCCAUGGGCUCCUCAUAUUCCUCAUCCUUGUCGUGUGGCGCCAGCGAGUCCGCAAAGAAUUGGCCGGACGCAAAAUAUGCUGCAUCCGUGCCCCUGACUCCUGGCAAUAUGGCGAGGAUGCCGAACAUGAGAGACUCAAUGAGGAAGAAGGUAGUCAAAUCAUAACAACUGCCACAACAACUCCCAACACUGUCACUGACGUUACAACCGUUACCAAAUAACCCACGCAACCAUCUGCAAGUUCAUCCGUACCACGUCCAGAAACAUCAUCAAUGUCUCCAUCAUCCCAAUGAUAUGUGUCUGUUUCUCUCUCUUAUUUUUUUCUUCGUGUUAAAAUGUGCCAUUUAUGUGUUUUUACAAGGUGCCAUAUCACUGCUUGUAUAUCAUCCACAAAAUACUCUUUUUUGUGCUUCUUAUAUACCUCAAAUUUCUUAUGAAUCUCUUUAAAAAAAACAUUCAUUCCUCAUUGACGUUCUUAUUUUCUUACAGGCAGUGAUUGCAAGUAUGAGAUUUAAGCAUGACGACUCUUCUUAAAUUCAUUUUCAUUUUAGAUUAUAUAACUACUUUUAACAUUUUAUAUUUAAAAAAAUAAAUAAAUAAACGAAUAUUUUCAUUGUGUAAGUAGAUUUUAAAAAACCAUGUCAUUUUGCAUUAAAAGUUAUUGAUCUAAAAUAUUAUUACAAAUUCUUUGUAAGGGUAUUGCUGAAGAAUAAAAUGUUAAUGAGAAAAAAUUCUUCUUUUAAAAACUUCUCUUGGAUUCUUUUAUACAGUCAGCAUAAAGAAGUAGCUGAUAAGGUCUUCUGUCAGCAAAUAAAUUCAAUUCAGCAGAAUAUUCUUUCUCAAAAUUAAAAUUUGUUUGAGAAAAUGUGAAAAUAAUUUGAAAAUGUUACGGGAUAAAUCAAUCACGAUUAGGGGGUUUUAAAGACAUUGCUCCAGACAACGCUUCAGCUUAAUAUUUUCAAGUCAAAAUACUUCUUUCCAAAUUCUUUCCACGCCAAUUGUUUCUAUUCAAAUUGUUUCAGCAAUACUCUUUCAAUUAAACGCACGUUUGCAAGAAAAUUAACGAUGUAUUGUGCACAAAAAUUGCGAAUGAUCAGCCUUCAUUUUUUUUCAUGUUAAAAAAAACUGCACAACUUGCAAUGCGACACCCCUUUCAUAAGAUUCAUCAAUUACCUUGGAUUUCUUUGAAAGUAUUCACCUCACGCAAUACGCAUCACCGUACACGUCAUAUUUAUUGAGAAACUGACCUGUGCACUUUUUAAGCAUAAUCCGGAAAUUGCAAAAACUCUCACAAAUAUUAAUCCUUCAGCAUAUUAAAAGAAAUUUCACGAAAAAAGCUUUUCCACGAAAAGGUAACACAAAAACAACUUCCGCUCUAUCUUUGAUAUCAAAUCUAAAGCCAUAUAUUGUGUGAAAAGUUCAAAAUUCCCAACAAACACUUCUAAGAAUUCUUUUCUUUCGUGACAUAUAAUUGUUUUCCUUUAUGUGAGACACAUAACAAAUAAUAUAGUUCUCAAAAUAAUAGUUAAUUUGUAAUUACGUGAUAAAAGUUUAAAAAACGGAUAUGAAUGAUUCAAUUACUGUGCUAAAAAAAAUCUCAUGUUUGUCAGCAAAGAGUAAAUAUUACAAAUAAAACACGUGUUGUAAACAUUUAAAUGCCCUAUAAAUCUAUCAAAUAGUAAAUAAAAAGCAUUUUCAUGUCAUUCGUAUGUACUCCAGUUGCAAUAAAUAGCAAUCAGGGGCAAUAAACUCUUGUCUCCAGUGUCGUGAAUUUUAUGCUUUUGAACUAUUUUAUUGAAUAUCUUUCAGAAGAAAUUGAUAAACUGGUGGUAAUUGAUGAAUUAAAAACAUUUUAUGUUAUAAGCUUAUCUAAUAUGAAUGUAAAUAAUGUAACCGAUUUUUUUUAAGUUGAUUGCUAAAGUUUUGAGAUGAUUGUUUUUUAAUUUUUUUUUAAAUGAAAACAAAAAGAAAUUAAGUUUUUUUUCAUUAUUUUUAAAAUGUUCACAUAAAAAAACAUUAAAAAUCUUCGAAAUCAUUUAAUUAGAAAGGAAUAAAUGGUGCAAAAGGAAUUUCAAUAAUACAUUCUUAUAACUUUUUAUUAGCACAUCUAUAAGAAUUUAUAUCUUACAGCAACUUUUUUUUACCACAAUUCCCAGCACAAAUCUCAAUAAAAAUGAUCAAAACAUAUUUUAAUUCCCAUCAACAUUAUUUCCUCCUCAAGUUGUAUAAAAAUCAUCUCAAAGCUCUUGCAACCAACAAUUAUUUCUGAUUCUGAAGCAUUUAAACUAAACAUUAAUUAAGUGAAUAGAAUGUGAGAAACAUUGUUGUAUACUAUUAGCAUAAUAGUUUUUUUAUUUGUAUUUCUUAUAAACAUUCAAUAUGAGAUUAAAAGAAAAGAAUUAUUUCUAUUUGUAAGCUACAUGUCUAAUUUUUUUCUUCUUUAAUAAAAUGUUUUUUAUUAUAAUAUUAUGGCAACUGAGCGCGUGCGAUGGUAAUUUAAUUCAGAAGAAAUACUCAUGUUUUGUGAAAAUAAAGCACUCUGUCUCAUUUCU